AUGGCGCACAAGAACUUUCCAACACCCCCAUUGCAUCAAGCCCCGCCCUCUGAUCUCCCGAGUCUCACUAAAGCAGAUUUCAAGGGGGUGAAGGGGUUCUUCCCCACGAUCACGGAUCGCAACAUGGCGACAGAGUUUCAUAACCUACAGGAGUUGAGGAACAGUGCAUCUCUUGCCAACAAGGUGUUUAUCCAGAGGGACUACAGCGAAGGGACCACGUGCAAGUUUCAAACAAAAUUCCCAUCUGAGCUGGAGAACAGGAUUGAACGGACUUUGUUUGAGGACACUGUGAAGACACUGAACAACUUUUAUGCAGAGGCAGAAAAGAUUGGAGGCCAUUCCUACCUGGAGGGCUGUCUGGCAUGUGUCACGGCUUAUUUGAUCUUCCUCUGCAUGGAGACUCGCUAUGAGAAGGUGUUGAAGAAGAUAGCUAAGUACAUUCAAGAGCAGAAUGAGAAGAUCUACGCUCCCAGAGGUUUGCUCAUCACGGAUCCAAUUGAAAGGGGGAUGCGUGUUAUUGAAAUAUCCAUCUAUGAAGACCGAGGUUCCAGUGGCUCCAGCUCCGGCAGCAGUUCUGUGUCCGGUAGCACUGCUCGAUGACUAGGUGCAAAGCUUGCCCUGCAGGAAAACUUAGGACAAUAAUAACAACCAUAUUCCAACAGCCUUCCCGUUCACACUGAGCACUCACCAGCCUCCAUAAAAAUAUUAGUGUCCAUGACCGCUCAUCACAAACAUUGCUCCACUGCAGACAAGACCCGCACUUUGGUCUUUUUUUUUCUGAAAGAUGUGUACAUGUAACAAUGCUCUUCAAAUAGGAUUUACAAAAUCAAUGUAUCAAAGUAAAAAAAUCAAGGAAAAGAAUGGUCCCAAAAGGGUACAUAUGCUUUGCUGUCAUAAAAUGAAGCCCCAUAGUGUACCAGCAUUGUAACUACAAUGAUUUGUACCUUUGUGAUUUCUAUAUCUUUAUGUUCUUGUCAAAAAUUGAAGUAGCUCUGAAUUGUUGAACCUAAUGAAAUCAAUUUAGGAACAGCAGUUAACAUACUUUUCUUUAGAUUGUAGGAGAAGUCUGGAUGCUCUAAAAACAUAUGCAAGCAAGUCUCAGAACAAAUAUUAGCCAAUAUACAAACUUAUUUUCCUAUUAGAAGCUAAAUUAACCACAAACAAUAAUCUUAUAGAUUGGUAAAAAUGCUCUAAUAUUUACUGCCAAGUCUUGCAAUACCAAAGAUUCUGAAUGGCUGAUAAGAAGCCAGUUCCUGCUUUGCACCGGUUCUUUAGCCUGGCCAUCCAUACUAAUUUAGCCACUCUACAAAAUAUAUUAGACUUAAUAGGAGCAGGUAGAGCCUGGUUUCAAAUGCUUGUUAAUAGAGUCAGCAGAACCAGUUUAGAAUUAAUCAGAAAAGAUGUGAUGCAAAAAAUUU